AGGAGAUUAGUUAAGUUUGGAGGUCUUUUCAUAAUAUUGAUAUCCGUCAAAUUGACUGAAUAUAUUAAAUUAUAAAUAUAUUUUAAUAGUAUGAUGAAGUAAAAUUAUACUCCGUAUGAAAAAUAGGGAGUAAUUAUAAAUAUACAAUCUUUUCACCAAAUUACUUUUAAGUGCAUACAUUCAAAAGAUACAUGCGUAGUACGGAGUACUUUUUAUUUAAUAAAUAAAAACUCAUAAAUUGGGAAUAAAAAAUCAAGAGACUGGAAAACUAGUGAGGCAGAACUGAAACAAGUCAACAAUUCGUGUUCUCUUUUUCCCGAACAAAUCAUCAGGUAAAAAUGGAGAUAAGUGAAAAGAUGAAAGUCAAUUUUACUCAAGUCGAUUGCAGUUACUGUAGUAUAAGAACAUCCCACCCAAAAACCAGAACUUGCAGGGCUACUCGAAUGUUUUUCAAAAUACAAAGAUGAAGUUUGUAUGCUUGCUUUUCGGCCUAAUCAGCUUUGCUGCAGGGCCUAUGAUGGAAACUUGUCCGUAUGCUGCAAAAAAAACAGGAACGGCCUUUUGUGUGUGUGUGUGUGUGUCAUGUGUGUGUAUAAUUUUCUAUGAGUAAUAAUAUUUAUUACUCAUAAAACUGGCUCUGUCUUUUUAAUAAGAGUAAUUUUUGUUUGUUUUUGGCGGUUGGUUAAGGUUUGAUGUGUUUAAUUUUCAGCUAUCCCUCAAGUUUGUGUACCUUGCUAUUGGCUCCGGCAUUGCUUCAUUUUUACAAAUGUCUUGUUGGGUGGUAACUGGAGAAAGGCAAGCUGCUAGAAUCAGAGGGCUUUAUCUGAGAGCAAUUCUAAGACAAGACAUUGCCUUCUUUGACACCGAAACUACCGCCGGAGAAGUUAUUGGCCGGAUGUCUGGUGAUACAAUUCUCAUUCAAGAAGCCAUGAGUGAUAAGGUUGGAAAGUUCAUCCAAUUUAUAUCAACAUUCAUUGGAGGAUUCAUCAUUGCUUUCACAAAAGGAUGGCUUCUUGCAUUAGUUUUGUGCUGUUGCAUUCCUGUUGUUGUGCUUGCUGCAGGAGUAAUGGCAUGGAUCAUGACUACAAUGUCAAGUCGAGGACAGUCCGCUUAUGCCAAAGCAGGGAAUGUGGUGGAACAGACUGUUGGAGGAAUUAGAACGGUUGCCUCUUUCAAUGGGGAAAAGCGGUCAAUCAACAAGUAUGACCGGGAACUGGAUGUUGCUUACAGAUGCACAGCAAAACAAGGGCUGGUUUCUGGUUUGGGACUUGGCGUUAUAUUGUUUGUUAUCUUUAGCAGUUAUGCAUUAGCUGUUUGGUAUGGAGCUAAAAUGAUAAUGCACCAUGGCUACAAAGGAGGAGACGUCAUCAAUGUCAUGAUAUCCAUCAUGAUGGGAGGAAUGGCACUAGGACAAACAUCUCCUUCGCUGAAUGCAUUUGCAUCAGGGCAAGCCGCAGCAUACAAAAUGUUUGAAACGAUAAGACGCAAACCGUCAAUUGAUGCAUCCGACACGAGUGGUGUCACUCUGGAAGACGUGAGGGGUGAGAUUGAGUUAAGAGAUGUGUACUUUAGGUACCCGGCAAGACCAGAUGUGCAAAUUUUUUCUGGUUUUUCACUACUCAUCCCAAGUGGCAAAACUGCAGCUUUGGUUGGGCAAAGUGGGAGUGGUAAGUCAACUGUUAUCAGUUUGCUGGAAAGGUUUUAUGAUCCCCAUGCUGGAGAAGUGCUACUAGACAACGUUAAUUUAAAGAGAUUCAAGCUCAAAUGGUUAAGAGAACAAAUGGGAUUAGUGAGCCAAGAGCCAAUCUUGUUUACAACAACUCUAAAAGAGAACAUAGCAUAUGGUAAAGAAAAUGCUACUGAGGCAGAGAUUAGAACAGCCAUAGAGCUAGCAAAUGCUGCCAAAUUUAUUGAUAAACUUCCUAAGGGGCUUGAGACCAUGGCUGGUGAACACGGGACUCAGUUAUCUGGUGGACAAAAGCAAAGAAUUGCAAUUGCUAGGGCAAUUCUAAAAAACCCUAAAAUUCUCCUCCUUGAUGAAGCUACAAGUGCUUUGGAUGCUGAAUCGGAACGAAUUGUGCAAGAAGCACUCGACAGAGUCAAGUCGAACAGGACGACCGUGGUUGUUGCCCAUCGUCUUACGACUAUUCGGAAUGCUGAUCUGAUUGCAGUUGUCCAAUCUGGCAAACUUGUGGAGCAAGGAACUCAUGACGAGUUGAUUGGAGAUCCAAACGGGGCGUAUUCACAGCUUGUGAGAAUGCAGCAAGGGAGUAAUCAUGGUGGGAAGUUAAUGGAAGCGGAUGACGCUGCUGAAGCAGCAGAUAUCACUACAAUGGAUUCAGAUGAUAUUGUCCUGUCAUCAAGCAAGAGAUUAUCUGAAGUGAGAAGAUCAUUGAGCCAUGAAGGAUCAUCAAGGCACUCAUUCUCAUUCAACUUCCCGGUUCCUGGCCUAAUCAACAUUCAAGAAUCCGAAGUCGGCAAUGAUAAUCCGGACAAGAUGACACUGGAGAGAAGAAAAAGAGUUCCCAUUACCCGUCUCGUCUCCCUGAACAAACUAGAAUGGCCAUAUUUGGUGGUUGGGACAAUAGCUGCAGGAAUUCAUGGUGUGAUUUUUCCUGUUUUUGGGCUUCUGAUCUCUACGGCUAUCAAGAUUUUUUUUGAACCUAAACCGAUGCUGAAACAUGAUUCCCGGUUUUGGGCGAGCAUGUAUGUAUGCCUCGGCCUGGUUAGCUUGGUUGUUGCACCAAUCCAGAAUUUCUCCUUUGGAGUUGCAGGCGGGAAGUUGAUUAGAAGGAUUCGAUCACUGACAUUCAACAAAGUAGUCUACCAUGAAAUUGGCUGGUUUGAUGAACCUGCAAAUUCAAGUGGAGCGGUUGGGGCGAGAUUAUCAACUGAUGCUUCGACUAUAAGAAGCCUCGUGGGGGACGCAUUGGCAUUAAUUGUGCAAAACAUGGCUACUAUCUUGGCAGGAAUUAUUAUAGCCUUUGUCGCUAAUUGGAUGUUGGCAAUUAUCAUCCUUGCUUUGUUACCCUUGAUGGGGGUACAAGGAUAUUUCCAGAAUAAGUAUAACAAGGGAUUCAGUGCAGUUGCUAAGGUGAAGUAUGAAGAAGCAAGUCAGGUUGCAAAUGAUGCAGUUGGCAGUAUAAGAACGGUGGCUUCAUUCUGUGCAGAAGAAAAGGUGAUGUCUACGUAUAAGAAGAAAUGUGAAGGCCCCGUGAAGCAUGGUGUAAAAGUUGGACUUGUUAGCGGUGGAUGGAUGGGUUUUGGUUCAUUCAUACUCUACUUUACGUAUGCCGGCUGUUUCUACAUAGGAGCUAUUCUCAUUAAACACAAGCUGGCAACAUUUGCAGAACUCUUCAGGAAAAAACAGCAACAACAACAAUAUCACCUACAGUGGGGUAGGGGGGUCGGAUGUACGCAGCCUUACCCCUGUACUAAAGCACAGAGAGAUCGCUUCUGGAUGAUCCAUGAUGAAAUCGUGUUGAAAAUUGCAUGGACUGACUGUUGUUUCAUAACAAAGAAGCGCAAACAGUUUAGUGAGCCAUUUUGCUUUAUUCCAUCAUAUUCCCAAGCCAAAAAUAGUUUUCUUUGCAUUGACAAUGGCAGCUAUGGGAGUUUCCCAGGCCACUGGCUUAGCACCAGAUCUUAACAAGGCCAAGGAUUCUGCAGCUUCUAUAUUCGACAUUCUUGAUAGAAGGCCCAAGAUUGACUCAAGCAGUGACCAAGGCGAAACUUUACCAGUUGUACGUGGAGAUAUUGAGCUGCGACAUGUGAGCUUCAAGUACCCUACCCGACCCAAUAUCCAAAUCUUCAAGGACUUAUGCCUAACAAUGCCUGCUGGAAAGACUUGUGCUCUUGUGGGGGAAAGUGGAAGUGGAAAAUCAACUGUGAUUAGCUUAAUAGAGAGGUUCUAUGAUCCUGACAGUGGGGAUAUCCUCUUGGAUGGGGUUUCUGUUAAGAAUCUUAAGCUAAGUUGGUUAAGGCAACAAAUGGGGUUGGUUAGUCAAGAACCAAUUUUGUUCAAUGAGUCGAUCCGUGACAAUAUAUCAUACGGCAAACACGGGGAGGCAAGUGAGGAAGAGAUUAUCGAGGCAGCAAAAUCAGCAAACGCUCACAACUUCAUUUCCUCGCUGCCCCAAGGCUACGACACGCCCGUGGGAGAACGUGGGGCCCAACUAUCAGGUGGUCAAAAGCAAAGGAUUGCCAUUGCGAGAGCAAUUUUGAAGGACCCAAAGAUCCUUCUGUUGGACGAGGCCACAAGCGCACUUGACACUGAAUCAGAACAUGUAGUGCAAGAGGCUUUGGACUGCGUUAUGGUUAGCCGGACCACGGUUGUGGUUGCUCAUAGAUUAGUGACAAUUAGAGGAGCCGACAUGAUUGCCGUUGUCAAGAAUGGGAUCGUUGCAGAGAAGGGAAGUCAUGACGUCCUUAUGAAUAUUGUAGAUGGGGUGUAUGCGUCCUUAGUUGCGCUUCACAUGAAAGCAACUUGAUACAUAUUGUCUUUUUCUUCAUCAAAUUUGUUUCUUUUCUUUUUUUACAUGAUCAAGAGGCAGUAUGUAUCACAUUGCAGCUAAGUGCAAUGAAGGAGGCAUAAACUAGUUUUAGAAUUUUAGGAGAUUUUCUUCUGUAGUCUAUAGGUUAUUGAAAUCUGACCAUUACAGCAAAUUUGAUCAAGAUAUGUCCAUUUUUUCAUGAAUUAUCUCAAGUCCCAUCAUUUUCAUUUUCUACUUAUCUUCAUUCAUUCCUUUAUUAUCUGAAUGGUUAGUAGUGGUACGUUAAUGUGG